UCGCCAUUUUGAGUACUUUUCACGCGACUGAUCUGUAUCUCCCAGAAUGCAGUUCUUCAUGAAAGAUGGCGGCAACUGGGGCAUGGUGUUUAUCAAAAUAUUGAACAAGAAAAUAAGUUGAAUGGUAUGAACAAAUCUUGUGUAUUGAGGGACAUAAGAAAUUGAAUAUUUGGCAGUGCUGGGACAUCAUUAUUGAGACGCGAGAAUAUAAAUUCUGACCCGUAGCCGUAUGAAAAUUUGGUCUUUAGAUAUUAAAAGAGGUCUCCGCUCUAGGCAUUCAAUUGCAAAUCAACACAACAGCUGGAAAAACAAGUCUUUCGGAAUUAAUGAAGCUGGUUACACAACUGUAGAAUACAAGAAGGAAUUCCAAGGCUGUUUCAGUGAGGGAUUGUGCAUGUUGUGGAAGGAGCAGAAAUAAUAAUUCUCAUCUCAUGUCACAUACGCCUACAUGCUGAAAUCCUACAAUACCCUAUAGAAACGUGACUCUUUACUCAUCUUUUUACUGCAACAUUGUCAAUUGAAAGAAGCACCGUAGAAUACAAGAAGAAUGAGUGCUGCCAAAAUGGUUGCUGACUCAACUCAGGCAGAUGUUCCAGAAAUGUCAAGUACGAAGAAAAGGAAGAAGAUGGUACAGAAGAAAAAAGUUAAGAAAAAGAAGGAAUCCGCAAAGAAAAAUAAGAAAAAGGUUCAAGCAGAGGCAGAGUUUGACGAUUCUGACCUUGACCUUGAUAAGGAGAUGCAUCCUAUUGGUUAUUAUGUGAAGGACCGAGAAAAUUUGCUCUCAGAGAUGUUUCACUGUGUCAAAGGUCAAAGUUUAAAUCGAGCCCUUCCUGAUGUUUUAAAGGAGGUGCCGUUUGAAGAUUUAAGACGAAGAUGUAUGGAACAAUUGGAGGUGAUGUCAAAGAAGAGAAUACGGAGGAUUCUUGCAGGUGAUGACCCUGCCUCUAUAUCAUCUUCUAGUACAGAAGACGAGACUUCAGAUGAAGACAUUGCAGAGAUUGAAGAAGGCCAGGUCAAUGAAGUAGAUAGUGAAGAUUCACAAGUUGUAGAUUCCACCUCGUAUACUCUUGAAGUUGGAGAUUCUGACAGGUAGAAAUCUUGUUUCCUUUGACCAUUGGUCAUUUACAUAUAUAACAGGAAACCAUCACACU